UUUACGCAUGCGCACGAAGACUUCCACAUGGAGAAAUUUCCACGUUCUAGCGCUACUGGUAUAAGGCUCGAUUGUACACUGGAACUUAUCCAUCUUAGUGCUGCGUAAUAUUUCUUGAGCUCAACAAAUUUCCUUUUGCAGCUUGGCAAAAUGGGUAUUUCCCGUGAUCAUUGGCAUAAGAGGAGGGCUACUGGUGGUAAGAGGAAGCCUAUCCGUAAGAAGAGGAAAUUUGAGUUAGGACGUCCAGCUGCCAAUACUAAACUUGGACCUCAGCGGAUUCAUACUGUCCGUACACGUGGAGGCAAUAAAAAGUAUAGAGCCCUUAGAUUGGAUACAGGAAAUUUCUCCUGGGGUUCUGAAUGCAGUACCAGAAAGACUCGUAUCAUCGAUGUGGUUUACAAUGCAUCAAACAAUGAACUGGUACGUACCAAGACUCUGGUGAAGAAUGCCAUUGUUACCAUUGAUGCAACACCAUUCAGACAAUGGUAUGAGAGUCAUUAUGUUCUUCCACUUGGUCGCAAAAGGGGUUCUAAGUUGACAGAAGCUGAAGAAGAAGUAUUGACCAAGAAACGGUCAAAGAAAACUGAAACUAAAUACAAGGCAAGGCAACGAUUCGCCAAGGUUGAACCUGCCUUGGAAGAACAGUUUGCGACGGGACGUGUGCUUGCUUGUAUUGCAAGCAGACCAGGUCAAUGUGGCAGAGCGGAUGGUUACAUUCUUGAAGGCAAAGAACUGGAAUUUUAUAUGAGGAAGAUUAAGAGCAAGAAGGCUAAAUAAAAAAAUAAACAAACAUGUAAUAUUGUUUGUUUGAUCUACUAUAUCUAAUA